AUUGAUCACUUUCUACUCCAUAAUGGAGCCCAGCGACCGCCUGUGCCUUGCAACCACUGCAAGACCAUGCGUUUCCAAUGUCUUAUUCUCCAGACGACAUCAGCGAAUCCGAAUCCAGUCACUUCAUGCUCAAGCUGUGUGGCAUUAUUUCGAGACUGUAGCCUGGCGGAAAGGGAAAAGAGACAUGCGUCAAAUUUUGAGACUAGGGUUCCAGUCAUUGGUCAUCUUCACGGACUCAAUGAAGAGAUAGACGAUCAAGAAAUAUGGCCUGGGCCGACCUCCACGGCCGCCAGUGGCAAGCAAAAGGCUAGUUCACGGUCGACAGCGAGAACACGACCACUUAGAACUUGGUUUGCAGACCAUAUCGAUCAUCCUUAUCCAACGGACGAGGAGAAAGCCGAACUUGGCGGACAUUCCGGACUCAGUAAGACUCAAGUUGGUAACUGGUUUGUCAAUGCUCGGCGACGUCAACGCAUGAACGAAAAAGCACUAUCACAAAACAACAUUUUUACUCGCGGCUCUCCAAUGCCAGAGUCAUUUCUCAGCUCAAUACCGCUUCAGAGAUGGCAAAAUUCUCCUCCUGAAGAAGAGCCUGCCUCUUUGUCUCAAAUUAACAACGCUCUCAAAAGUUCUCACCACCCAGCAAGCUCAUGCGAGCCGCUCGCAGCGAAUACAAUUGAUCCCCGAUGCCUAUCGGUUAGCGAGAGCUCUACGGAAUUAUUUAUGCAUCUUCCGUCAUAUGCUUCCUCGGAUUCCCGGUACUCGAGCUAUUCCCACAACCAAUCAGACAGCAAUCCAUCGCGGCCGGCUUCUGCAUGCAACUCGGAAGACAGUGACCAAUCAUGGGGACGAGGUUUAUUGAAGGCAAGACGCAUUAAGAAGACCAACUUCCAAUGUACUUUCUGUAGCCAUGUCUUCGAAAAGAGGUUCGACUGGCUCCGCCAUGAAAGAUCCGUCCACCUGCCUGGAUUGGACAAAUGGAUAUGCGGAAAGCCACUGGCUGCAUCUCAAUCGGCCAGCAUUUGGCGCAUCGACCAAGAUAGCCCUGAAUGUGUAUUCUGCGGACAGGUCUGUCCAGACGAUACGCACUUUGUCUCUCACGAAUUUGAAGCAUGCGAGGAGCGUAGUCUCCAAGAUCGCACCUUUACAAGAAAAGAUCAUCUGUGGCAACAUCUAUACAAGUUUCAUGGCUGUCGUAAAUGGUGCGGCUGGAGUCCUGACUUGGCAAUUCUCAAAGAAACUCGCGAGGACCUAAAAAGUCGCUGCGGCUUCUGCCAAGCAGCACUUUCCAGCUGGGACGAAAGAGGGAACCACUUGACAAAGCACUUCCGCGCUGGGCAUACCAUGGCUGAUUGGGUUGGAGAUGUUGGCAUCGAA